AUGUAAAAAGAAAUUUAUUCCAGACUUAAUUAAUUCUUCCAAAAAAUAGAAAAUUUUGAUUUGAGGUAAAAAGUUAUUUAUAAGAGACUUUCUGAGGUAGAGGAAUUUUAGAAUUCAUUUAUUAAAUUUCUAUAACAAGAUGGAUCAUUUUCUUAUACUAAACUUAGUGAUAUAAUAUCACAAACUCAAUAAUAAAAUCCUUUAGAUAAAUAAAACAAUUCAUUAAUAAUAGAAUUAGAAUAAAAUUUUAAUAAUCAAUUAAAGCUUAUAUAAGAUUAAAUUUAAUAAAUUAACAAGAAAGAGGAAUUAGAAUAAAGCUGGAAAGAUAAAAUUGAUAAGGAUAUUAAAAAUAUAUCAAAAUUAAUAGAAGAAAUUUAAUAAUAGAAAUAAUAGAUUAAAAAUAUUGAUAAUGAAAGAAAUUUGUAAAAUUUGAAGAAUCCAUAACCAAUAAAAAGUGUUAUUUUAGAUAUUUAUUCUAAAACCACUAAGAGUAGAGUAGUUUAAGGUGAAUUUUAAUAUUUUAUACAUUAAAUAUAAUCAUAAAGUGAAUUAGGAAAAUAUUAUAAUUUAAAAUUAGAUUAGAAAAAAAAAAUAUAUUCAUAAAUCUCAGGGUUUAGAUAAGUAAGAGGAGAUGGGAAUUGUUUUUAUACAUCUUUUGGAUAUCAAUAUUUAUAAUUAUUAAUUGAUUAAUAUGAUUAGAAUGAAUAUGAUUAAUUUUUGAAUUCAGUCAUUAAAAAAAUGAGAUUUAGAAUUUAAUAUCCAAAAAAUAAAAUAGAAGAUGAAAUUACAGAAACUAAUUUAAGAGAAGAUUUCAUUAAAAGAUUAAACUUUAUAAGAGAUAUAAAAAAUAAAGAAAUGAGAAUAAAAGAAUUAGAUAAACAAUUUAGAGCUUAUGAAUAAGAAGAUGAAUUAGUUGAUGGAUGUUUUUAUGCUUUAUCAACUAUCUUCUUUAGAAAUUUAAGCUUAUAUUUUAUAGAUUAAAGUGAAUAUAAAGGCAAUUUCUAAGAAAAAGAUACUCUGUUAUAAUGGGAAGUUGAAUGUAACAAUAAUGAAAUAGUAAUUGCUUUAUUAGCUUAAUAAUUGAAGAUGUAAUCAUAUAUAAUAAUUUUAGUAAUAUUUGUGUAUUCUUUUUUGAUAAUUAACAAUUUUAGUUGAUGGAAUAUAAUAAAGAAGCUAAUUAAAAAAUUAUUUUAUUAUUAUAACCAGGACAUUAUAAUAUUGGAAUUCCUAAAAUUGAAGAAUGA